AUCCACAUUGGGUUGCUUUCAAAACAAAUUUUAUACGUCGUUCGGCGUUCGAUUGUCGAACUGUGGACUGGUAGUGUGGUGGUAACCUGUGGUCCAGUGGUAGAGAUCUGACUGAACGGAUCUGUCAAUUUAUUUUCUAUUUAUCUAGGUUAGAUUCUAGAUCAAGAAUCUAGAGAAAUCUAGAUUCUAGGUCUUCAUAGCCUGGAUUUAAUUUUGUUCUGUUGCUGCCUCACUGAAAAAGACCACUCACAAUGUCGGAGAGAAAAGUGUUGAACAAAUACUAUCCCCCGGAAUUUGACCCUUCGAAGAUCCCAAAGCUGAAACAGCCAAGAAACAGAACUUUUAGCAUCCGAAUCAUGGCCCCCUUCAACAUGAGAUGUAACACUUGUGGUGAAUACAUUUACAAAGGAAAAAAGUUCAACUCACGCAAAGAAAAUGUGGAUGAUGAAGAUUACCUGGGACUUCGUAUCUUCCGAUUUUAUAUCAAGUGCCCUCGUUGUGUUGCAGAGAUUGCUUUCAAGACUGACUUGGCCAACACUGACUACGCCAUGGAGGCUGGAGCGACCCGAUUGUUUGAAGCAGAGAAGCUGGCACAUCAGAUGGCGGAAAAGGAAAGGAAAGAAAAGGAGGAGGAUGAGCUGAACCCUAUGAAGGUCCUGGAGAACAGAACCAAGGCCAGUCGCAAUGAGAUGGAUCAACUGGACCAGCUGGAAGAGCUGCGUGAGAUGAACGCGCGCCACGCCAAAGUGAACCACGAGAAGAUGCUGGAGGAGCACAUGGCCUAUGAGGAACAGCUGCUCAAACUGCAGGAGGAGGAGGAAGAUCGUCUUGUCCAGGCUAUCCUCAAGAAAGGCACUUCUGGCGAGAUGAUCCGUAGAAUUGAUGACGCCACCUUUGACGAAGAAGCGACGACGACCGCGAAAAAAGCCAGACUCGACAACGAGAAGGUGGCGGCUCCUACAGAUCUGCUUGCCGAGGCUCCCUCUGCUAAGUCAGAAGAGAAACCAAAGGAGUCCUGGCAGAGGAGUGUUGGCACUUUCUCCAAGAAAACAUCCUUGGCUGGUCUUGUGAAGAGGAAGACGCCAACAAAACCAUCAUCAUCUACCCCAGGGACUUCUUCUACAAAUGCAACAACAAAUGGUCAUACAGAAGGAAAACCUUCUGGUCAACCAGAUAAUCGAAAAAGCACAAUGCCCAGCGUUUCGUCGACAUCGUCAGGGCCAGAAUCGGCUUCAAAUGUGCAGUCUUCCAAGGAUGACGCUCCCAAAUCCUCAGCGCUUGGGGCCUUAGGUAUGCUUGGUGGUUACUCGGACUCAGAGGAGAGCAACAGUGACUGAUGGAUAGCUAGAUAUACUAUCAUGACUUGUGAAAUCAGGUGCUUGUCAAUUUUUGGGUAUGUGGAGUCGUUGGUAUAAUGUUAAAGCCUCUCCCAUUUGCCUUGCUUCUGAUGAAGAAAUUACCCAACUAUCUUGAAUAGAUAUUGAGAUAUUAAAAUCUCAGGGAGGUAGUGGUGGUUGCUUAGUGUUACAGGUAAAAUUGAUGAGAAAAUGCCAAAAUUUGGUAAUUUUCAAAGCUUUAGGGUCCUUGGUAACUGCAAAUUUGCAUCAUUUAUGUCUUUGACCUUUUUUCCAGUAAAGUCCAUGAUAUAGUUACAAAUAGCUGGCUACUUAACCCCUUCAUUGCUGUCAGUUUUUCCCUGCCCUAUGCCGACAAAAUUUUUGCUCGUCCAGUGGCUGACAGGUCACCUUUCCUAUGAGGCUGUGACUCCCAUUGAAAACAUACGCUUAUAAAAGUAUCAACUAAAAUAAAAUUUGAAACACUUUUCUGUCCUGCCCUUAAAAUUGAUAUUAGGCUGUUGUUAUUCGCACCGGGUGUGUGAAUAAUAUGGAAUUGUAUUCGCACAGGGUGUGUGAAUCAAAAUAUUAUUGGCACAGGAUGUUUCAAAAGAAGGAUGGAAAUAACAUUUCCACAAAUAUUUUUUUCCACAUCACUUAGGGAUAGAUCUAAUUGUGCAAUGCGAUGCUAAAAGAUACCCCUGAAUUUGGAA